AAGGACUUUUCAAAAUCAUUUUUGUAAAUUUCAUCACCAAGCAACCCCAACAUGGUCUUCAAGUGCCAGGAGGACAGCUUCCUGACCGAGUUCCGCUCGCGAGUGGUCUCGUGCGAACCGGAAGGCACCGGCUACCAGGUCAUCUUUGAGGAUACCGUACUCUUUCCCGAGGGUGGCGGUCAACCAACGGACCACGGCUGGGUGGACGAACUGCCAGUAAAGUCCGUGAUUCGGAAGGGUCCCACGGCGAUUCAUUUCGUCGAGGGGACGUCAGCUCCGUUCCAGCCGGGACAGGAAGUUCGUCAGCGAGUGGAUUGGGAGCGCCGGUUUGACCACAUGCAGCAACACUCGGGGCAGCAUCUGAUAACGGCGAUCUUUGAUCGAGAGUUUGGUGUCAACACCAAGUCCUGGUGGCUUGGGACGGAAGAUUCGUACGUCGAUCUGGAUGCCAAGGACGUUACGCGCGAGCAGCUGGACAAGGUGGAACGGAUCUGCAAUCAGCUGAUUGUGGACUGCACGGCCGUCAGCGUAGCGGUCUACCAACCGGACGACCCGGCUCUCAAAUCGGAUGUAACCAGAGCGACCAGAGGCCUGCCCGAAGAUGUGAGCGGUCCGCUGCGUGUGGUCACCAUCGAUGGCAUCGAAAGCAACAUGUGCUGCGGAACGCACGUCCGCAAUCUGGCUCAACUGCAAGCGAUCAAGUUUCUGAACGUCGAAAAGGGUAAAGCCAAAUGCUUGGUCCAUUUCCUGGUCGGAGGUCGCGUCCUGCGCAAACUUACCGAAUGCUACGACCGCGAAGUCCAAUUCAACGGCCUCCUCAACGGCGGUGCCCCCUCCCACGUGGACUUGCUCCGAAAGCUCCAAACCACGGUCCGCUCCGUCCAGAAAUCGUCCCGUAAAAUGUCCUCCGAGCUUGCCCAACUGGAAGCCGAUAAAAUCAACCAAGCCCCAGAUCCAAAACCCAAGUUCUACACCGUCCACCGAACGGACGGACCCGACUCGGACUACAUCAACGUAUUUCUGCGCUGUGUCAAGCUGCCCGAAUGCUUCCUGUUUGUGACCAACGCGGCGGACGACACCGGCAAGGGCGCAGGCCAGAUGGCGCUCCAGGGACGUCCCGAGGACAUUGCCGCCCUGGGGGACCCGAUUUGUGCGCUGCUCGAGGGUAAGGGUAACGGGAAGGGACCGCGGUACAACGCUAAGGUGAACAAGCUGAAGGCGAUCGAUCAGUGCCGGAAGCUUAUCCAGGAGCACUUCCGGGAUGCGGAAGCGGAGAAAUGAGUUAAGAUUGUGGAAUUGGAAUAAAUAGGAGGAAAUUUA